AUAAGCGCCUAUGCUUCCCGCAGUGACGACGCACAACGCGCCACUUUGUUGCGUAGCAGCACCGACAUUCGCAAGCAGAGGGUAUUUAACCGACCCCAAAUCAAUUUGCAAUUUCAGUCUAAAAUCGCAUUGCAUCGUUGCAUGAACUUGCCGAACAAAACGGAAUAUUUAGUCCGCGCUCACAACAAACGAACAAGCUAAAACAUUUGAACUUGAAUUUCCAAGCAAACAAGCAAAAAACCAAAAAAAAAAAAAAAUUAAGAUUCUCGCAACUACUUAAAUAUACACACGUUAGUGCACGUACUUGUGAAACAACCGUAAUUGUACAACGGUCUGCGGAAACCUGGCGUUUGUGCAGCUGUGUGUGAGUGCAUACAUUUGAUUUUGAUUUAAAUUAAGCUGUGAUUAAAACACCGUCAAUCAAGUAAUAACACGCGACUCGGAUUUUCGAAGACGAACCGGCCGAGCAAGUCAAAACAACAACAGCAAGGGAUCUCAACCACAAACAAUAAAUAAAAUAAAAGUAAACAAACGAAACUGAAAACUUACUACUUAUUCGCGCUGGUGUGUCAUAUUAUUAAGUGAAGUGAAUUGCACUUGAUGCUCGUACCGUAAUCGCUAAUCGAUUAUCUAAUAAAGCAAGUGGGUGAACGCCAAUGUAUGACCUAGAAAAGUUACGGUCGUGUUGAGAGCAGUUGAGGCAAAGUGGGUGAUACGUAGACGGCUCGAAAAGAAAUGAGCAAACAACUUUUCAGUCCAGACACGUUCAUUUAGUCAAGCCGAGGCUGUGUUUACAUCACACACUUAAAACUAUACAAAAGCCCAAAGGCCCGUUAUACGGCGAAUUAGUGUAUAAAAGAGUUAAACGUUAGCAGGUUACCAAUUUCACAAACAUUUAAUUUAACCAUACCUGAGCGUUGUUGCAAUUGCAUUGUUUUUAACAUAAUCGACAUCCUUCGGCUUACAAAGCAAAAAUUACCGCAUAGCAACUAGGUGAAUUGAAUUAUUUGUGCAAAGAAGAAAGGGAAAACAAGUGCCAAAGAACGAAAAAGUAAGAGUGUUGCGAACAAUAUGAACUUAGGAGCAUUCAGCAGAUAAGCUAAACAAGACAAAUUAUAACGCUUUGGUGGAGUGCGGGGCUUCAUAUGCAAAUAUAGAAUCAGUGUUCUAAAAAGUCGGGAGCAAAUAACCAGCCAGCCACCAAUAGUGUUUUACUAAGAAAUAUUGAGUAAGGUCAAUAUCGAGAGCAGCCAACGGAAUUCUACAUAAAUUAAUAGUGCUUCCGCUGGUAGCUAAAAAUAAAGAAAAAGAUGAGUGAAACUCCAGACAACCAAUUGGGGAACAGUGAAUCUUCUGCCGCUCAUGCUGAGAGAUCAGAAAAGUUUACCGAUUUCGAACAAGAAUUAUGUCAGGUUAAUGCAGGUCACGCUAAUGGUGGCCAUACUUUUGUGGUAACAACAGUUAUAACUGAAACGAUUACCGAAACAGAGAAUCAAGCCUGUAUCUUAAGCAAAACUGAUGAUGAACACUUUAAUGAAAAGAACUCUUUAACUAUGCCCAAAGAAUUAAAUGUCAAUAAUCCAAGUCCAACCACUUCGACGAGCCCACAGUUGUUGCACCAUUCAGAUUUAUCUAAGGCGGUUGUGCCCAUUUCUUCGUCAUUACCAUCAAAAUUACUAAGAUUUCAUGCUAAACGUUCGGCUGAGGCCUUGUUGCAACAAGUUGGGCAAUCACAGUCAUUGGACUCGCAGUUCGGUAGCGACGAAGGUGCUGUAGGUGGUAGUGAAUAUGAGACGAAUCAGAGCCCAGAUGUCUUUGAUAUACCAAUUCCAUUGGGUGGUUCACAUGCACCACUGACGGCUAGGAGCAGAUCGGUUGAGUGCUAUGAGGACAAGUUAAUUGAUGUUGGUAUGGGUUCCUCUAUAGAGGAUUCUGAAGAGUCGGAAGAGGACGAUGAAUUAAAGCCGCUCGCUGUCGAUAAUCACGUAUUGCAUGAUGUCAUCUUGAGCUCGUCUCCUGUAGAGUGUGAUAACUCACAGUUUCAAACUGAUCCUAGUUUGAUUACACCUGCCGCAGCUGUUCUAAGCGAAGCGAAUUUAGAAAAGUUUCAUAAACAUAAUGGUUCACAUCAAAACCAUCACAACGAUUAUUACCGACAAAUGGAUAAUAUAUAUCUACAUCCGAACUUUAAAUUGGAGCCCGAUGCUACAAACCAAGAUAUUCCAGAAGCCUCACCACCGCCCGCUGUAGCUCCGGCCAAUUCACCGACCGAACCCAAACGUGUACACCGCUCCUUUUUGACUAUGAAGAAGCCUUCAAUAUCGGAACCUGCAGAAACUGAAGAGCACAUAAUCAAAGCUGUAGAUUACAACUCUACGUCAUCCCCCACGGAAAAUAAUCAAAAAACAGAGUUGAAGACAGAUCAUUCACUUACCAAUGAAAUCGAUACAUUAGAUCUAUCAAUGAUACCAAGUGAAGAAUUAGCUGCUGAAAUUACCGAAGCAGUAGAAUUUUACUUCUCAAAUGAUAGCAUACUUAAAGAUGCGUUUUUACUAAAGCACGUUCGACGUAACAAAGAGGGUUUUGUUAGUCUCAAGUUGGUUUCCAGUUUUAAACGUGUUCGCCAAUUAACCAAGGAGUGGAAAGUUGUUGGCGACGCUUUGCGACGCAAAUCACAAAAGAUCGAACUGAACGAUGUGGGCACAAAAGUCCGUCGUAUUGAGCCUUUACCCAAUUUCGAUGAAACAAUGCCAUCACGCACUGUUGUUGCUUGCGAUUUGCCACUCGAUAAGCUGACUAUUGAAAAAGUUUCGGAAAUAUUCUCCAAAUGUGGCGAGAUCGCAUUGAUACGUAUUUUAAAACCAGGUAUGACGAUACCAGUGGAUGUUAGACAGUUCAUGAACAAAUACCCAGAGGUGCAACAGAAGGAAUGUGCCCUUGUUGAAUAUUUGGAGUCAUCAUCGGCGCGUGAAGCCAAAAAUUUGCAGGGACCGUUUCAAGUUUUCGAAAUGGUUGCUCCCAAGAAGAAGACGGGAAAGAAAGCUAUCAUACAGGUGGCGACACCGGUUGCACGAAUGGUGGAGAACUAUCGCUACUACAAUGACGCUACCUAUGAACGUACACGAGGAGGCAGUUUCAGCGGUAUUGUUCCACAUGAUGUCACAGAUUUGCGUUACAAAUUUAAACGCUUCAAUUCUGAUAUCCACCCUAAACCACUGCCAGAGCUCCACCACAACAAUGUCAAUGGUCAACCACAUUUUCACCAUACGCAGCACAAUAUGCAUAGCUCACAGCAUCGCGGUAACUUUGGCAAUGAACUCUUACACCAAUUUCAAGCCUAUCAGCCUCGUGUGGCUGGUAAUAACGAACCGACCUCACCUGGCGUCAGCGGCAACAACAAUGCUGCUGCUUACUUUUACGCAUAUUCACCACGUCGCUAUAGCAAUAACUCAACCAUUUCUGCCGGGUCCGCACCAGUUGUGGAUGCUUCCGUAAAUACAUCACCAGUGACUACCAAUACAGUUAACAAAAGUACUAUUAGCAACUCCAACAGCAACUUGGUGCGACGCUUAUCAAAUUGUUCAGACAAUUACUCCAGUUUUUCAGAUUCACGCCGUCCAUCGAACUGUUCGGAGAAUAUGUCCCAACGUCGAGACUCCAAUUGUUCUGAAAAUUGUCCAUGCUCAAGGCGCAUAUCUGACUUUGGACUAACAGAAGUUUAUCGGAAAAUGUCUCAAAGCUCUACUGGAAGCGGCGGAGAGCGCCGUUUCUCCAACGGUUCCAUGCAAUUCGAACGUACUUUUUCCAAUCCGAACGAGAUGAGCAACAGCGGAAACAAUAAUUUCCCACGCCGUAUAUCUAAUGAUUAUAACUUUGAACAACGCAAGCAGUCAGUGGACACACAAACUGACCCUACUUAUGAUGAUCCCAAUGUGGGUGGUGGUGGCGGUGGUUACAACGUUUUCCCUCGUCGCUACUCCAACAACUUCAAUGCGGCCAACAAAAUGGCUGCAUAUGACAAUGCGCAGUACAUCAAUGGUCGGCGAAUAUCCACCGACUCCGGUUAUGAUCGGCGUUACUCGUUUGGUUCUGAAUAUGAAGGUUCACCACGCUCACGAACCGGCAGUUUUUUGAACAAUUACAAGCAUGCGAUCGAUUUUGAUGGACCACCUAGAUCACGAACUGGUAGCUUUCUUGACAACUCACCCCGUUCUCGUUCGGGAUCAUUCGCACAAAGGAACUCCGAGAAUUUGGUUCGUACACCAAUAGGACCAGAUGGUAGCAAAGGCUUCGCUGGCCGCGCUAGAAAAUUUGGACAGACAAUCUCACCUGUUAACUGAUUACCUAAAAAUAUAACUGAUAAGCUUGUAGAAGUAGCAAUGUCAUAUUCAUCAGCCAUAUUUAAAUUUUUUAUAUCCGGAAAAUGUACCGAGAGUUAUUUAUGAGUAUUUUUAUCCAUUAACUAAUUUUUAGCUCUUCGCAGUCUUGUAAGUUUUCUGUUUCAUGAUCCGGCGUUUUUAUAAUAGGAUGGAAAUAGGGACUAAUGAACCAAAAUCAUGGAAAUAUAUUUUUGUAUGUGUCUAAAAUUAUGCCAGAAUAUAAUAUAUGUAACUACUUGUACUUACAUUAUUUCUUAAAUAAUCGCGUAUACGUAUGUAUUUACCUAACCAAUUUUUCUAUAUAUGUAUUUUUUGUUACUUAUAAUUACUCAAACAUUUUUUCUUAGGUACCCAUUAUUGUUAACUAUGUUUAUAAAUAUGUUUGUGAUUCCUUGGUGUUUCGAAGCAAGUGUGGACAAAUCGCCAAUAGAGAAUAAAAAUAUUUUAAUUUUUAGCUUUUUAGCUGAGCACAAUUGUAUUGUUAAUACUGUGUACUGCAAUCGAUGAAGAAGAAGAACAACAACAUAAGGUUAUGUUUGCCUUGGCUAUUUGUUUUGAUAAGGUUUUGUUCAACUGUGACGUUAGUUUUAUAAGAUUAUGCGUAAGAGAGCUUAUAUUCACCUCAUCGGUAUUCGUACUUUUGGUAAUGAACUACUCGAGCAGUUGUUUUGUAAAAAUCACUCCUGCUUUUAUGCUUAUAUGUACAUAAUAAAAUAUUUUAUAAAAUCUUAA